GAGGAUCUUAAGAUGAAGUCAGAAACACUAAUACUAGUGUUAGUAAAUCUAGCAGGGAUAAUGGAAAGAGCAGAUGAAUCGUUACUACCAGGUGUUUACAAAGAAGUAGGAGCAGCUUUACAUACUGAUUCAACUGGUGGCUGUUUCGCGUGGUUUGAACGGUAUUGGACUAGCUAUGGUUCAACCAGCAAUUCAAUCCCUUGUUGAUGACUCAAAUCAUCUUGGUUGGAUUCUCUUCCACAUUCUUUCAGUAAUUUCAUUUUGCUUUUUCAGAUUUUGCCUUUUGGUGUUGGAUUUAGGUUUGAAUUAUUGGAGUUUAAGAUGUCUAGAUCCAAAAUUGAUGUUGGCGGGGGCGUAUGUCCUUUCACAGAUUUUUUCAGUUACCGUUAACCGGCCGUGUUGCAAACACUGUAUUGUAUUACCUUAUGGUGUUAGUGUGUCUAAAUAUCAGAGUGGCUGUUUCGCGAGGUUUGAAUGGUAUUGGACUAGCUAUGGUUCAACCAGCUAUUCAAUCCCUUGUUGAUGAUUCAACGGAGGACCAUAACCAGGGAAUAGUAUUUGGCUGGAUUCAACUAACAGGAAAUCUUGGCAGCAUGUUGUCAGUUCUUCUUGCUUCCACGUCGUUUUAUGGUAUUGCUGGUUGGAGAAUUGCAUUCCAUCUCGUUGCACUUGUAAGCAUCAUAGUUGGAAUCGUAGUGCGAUUGUAUGGCAAAGAUUCUCGUUUUGUUGAGAAAAAUUGUGUGGAUGGGGAUUCCAGCACAGGAAAAUCAUUACAGUUGAAGGAGUUUUUCAAAGAAGCAAAAUCCGUGAUGAAAAUCCCGACGUUCCAGAUUGUUGUAUCUCAGGGUGUUACUGGAUCAUUUGGAGGGGCAGCUUCGGCGUUCAUACCAUUGUGGUUAGAAGUUAUCGGCUUCUCCCACAAAGAAACGGCUUUUCUCAUGAGUAUGUAUCCAGUUGCUUGUUCCAUUGGAGGACUAUUUGGAGGAAAGAUGGGAGAUAUACUUUCUGUCCGCUUACCGAAUUCCUGCAGGAUCAUUUUGUCUCAGAUAAGUGCAGUUUCAUUCAUCCCACUAGCAUGGAUUUUGCAGCUUGGAUUACCUUAUGAUCCCUCCACCGCAUUUAAACAUGGCCUGGUUUUGUUCAUCAUUGGCCUGUUUACGUCGUGGAAUGCUCCAUCUACCAACAAUGCAAUAUUUGCAGAGAUAGUUCUGGUGAGAUCUCGAACGAGCAUUUAUGCUCUGGAUCAAUCCUUUGAGAACAUUUUAGCUUCUUUUGCUCCUCCAGUAGUCGGACUUCUGUCCCAGCAUGUUUUUGGUUAUAGACCUGCUCCUCAAGGUUCAAGUCAAUCAGCUGAAGUCGAAACAGACCGAAAAAAUGCAGCUUCACUAGCCAAGGCACUUUACGCUUCAAUAGCUAUUCCGUUCACAAUUUGUGUCCUCGUUUACUCUUUCAUGUACUGUACUUACCUCAGAGAUAGAGACCGCGGAAAAAUGAAGGCACUAAUUGAAUCAGAAAUGGAGCAGUUGGAGUCACAAAAAGUUCUAAUGGAUGGAAAAUACUCUCAAAUCCAGGCUUCUAAAGUUUAUGAAAAGGAAACUGUGAUUGAGCUGGAUUACUAAGUAAAGGAUGGACUCGAAGUUGAAAAUAACGAUGAAACUACUAACCCAUGAGCAAUUAUGAUGAACCAGGGAUCAAAGCAUUGGCGGAUCGACAGAGGUUGUUUUCUUAUGUAAAAAGGUACAGAGAGACAGUUGGUCAGCUCAUUGUGCAACGGACAGAAAUGCAAGAUUUCGUACUAACAGGAAGUGUAGGAAGUUUAAUGUUAUAAUUCUAAUUGAAACAAAGACUACAUUGCAAAAAAAAAAAAAAUCAAGUUCCACAUCUUAUUAUUAUUUACUUGUGGAAAUCUGGGCGGCAAGGCUAGCCGCAGCUAAUCAGUGUACAUGCAAAUCAUCACUAUGAAGUUAUUUCAUUAC